AUCUCAUUAGUUUUUUUUCUUGUGUGUUUCUCCCUGUCAAUAAUCCCGAAUCCAGACUCUCUCUAUUUCCAUCCCUCUCUAUCUGUCAAUCAGCGCCGCCUUUGAACUGAAAACCACUCCGACCAACUUCAACUCCCUCAAUCCGAGCGCCUCAGCUCCGUCUCCGGCUUCUGUUUCUGCCAAGAUUGCCCUCUUCUUUUUGAGUUUUGAACACUCACCCAGCCAAACGCCACUGCGAGUCCCUAAACUUAAAACUCGGGAUUCGGGGAUCACACCAAGAUCAAGGGUUUCAAAACUUUUGGGUGUUUUUGGCCCCCCGCAAAAUUAGCGCUCCUCGGGAAAAAUGCCGCAGCUGAACGGCGGUGGAGGGGACGAUCUGGGUGCGAACGAUGAAAUGAUUUCCUUCAAAGACGAAGGCGAGCAGGAGGAAAAGAUUUCGGAGAACUCCUCAGCAGAAAGGGAUUUAGCAGAUGUCAAAUCUUCUCUCGUAAACGAGUCGGAAACGAAUCAAAACAGCUCGUCGGAUUCUGAGGCGGAAAGACGGCCUCCGCCUAGAUCUGAAAGUUUCAGAGACAAAACAAGAGAAAGUUUAGAGGAGGCUGCGAAAAGGCAAGAUGGAGGGCUGUUCAAGAGCCCACCGUACCCGGGCUAUCCAUUUAUAAUGAUUCCCGACCUCACGAGCCCGUACCUCCCGAACGGAUCUCUCUCACCCACCGCGCGCACAUAUCUACAGAUGAAAUGGCCCCUGCUAGAUGUUCAAGCAGGAAGUCUUCAGAGUAGACAAGCACUUAAAGAUGCCAGGUCACCUUCUCCAGCACACAUCGUUGGGCCCUUCUGCUUGGAAUUCCCCGGACAGGCUGAUCUGAGUCUUCACCAAUUACAGUUGUCUAAUAAGGUCCCCGUGGUACAGCACCCUCACCAUGUGCACCCGCUCACACCUCUGAUCACCUACAGCAAUGAGCACUUCACGCCUGGGAACCCCCCUCCACAUCUACAGGCAGACGUGGACCCCAAAACAGGAAUCCCAAGGCCUCCACAUCCUUCAGAUAUAUCCCCCUACUACCCCCUGUCACCUGGCACUGUAGGCCAGAUUCCCCAUCCGCUAGGAUGGUUAGUACCACAGCAAGGUCAACCAGUUUACCCAAUCACGACGGGAGGUUUCAGACACCCCUACCCAACUGCCCUCACUGUCAAUGCGUCCAUGUCAAGUCUUCUCUCCUCCAGGUUCCCUCCUCACAUGGUGCCCCCCCACCACAGUUUGCACACCACAGGGAUCCCCCACCCAGCCAUCGUCGCGCACAACGUCAAGCAGGAGUCCUCUCACAGUGACAUCGGUUCCCUCAACAGCUCGAAACAGGAUGCGAAAAAAGAGGAGGAAAAGAAGAAGCAGCCACACAUAAAGAAACCUCUGAACGCGUUCAUGCUUUACAUGAAGGAAAUGAGAGCCAAAGUGGUGGCAGAAUGCACACUGAAAGAGAGCGCAGCUAUCAACCAGAUCCUAGGCCGAAGGUGGCAUGCUCUGUCUCGAGAGGAGCAGGCCAAAUACUACGAGUUAGCCAGGAAAGAACGACAGCUUCACAUGCAGCUGUACCCCGGCUGGUCGGCACGAGACAACUAUGCGGGUAACUAUCAGGGGAAAAAGAAGAAGAGAAAAAGGGAAAAGCAGGCAGGAGAGGGCAAUGAGCACAGAGAAUAUUUUCCAAACCCUUGCCUUUCACUCCCUCCGAUUACAGAUCUGAGCGCCCCAAAGAAGUGUCGCGCACGCUUCGGGCUCGACCAGCAGAAUAACUGGUGUGGCCCAUGCAGAUGCAAAUACCCCUAAGAAGUGUCGUGCCUUGUUCGGGCUUGACCAGCUGGGUUUAUGGUGCAAACCCUGCAGG